AAACAGUAGAGAAACAUGUGGAGUCCGGCAUUGAUUGCUCUCAGCGUGCUUCUGCUGCUAGCCAGCAGUCGAGCCCGUCUCCUGCCCAUCCAAAACGAGCAACUGUGGGAGGCAGAUAUGAUCGAAGUGCCGCAGAUGUUGGAGCCAAUCCCGCCGGCGAAUAGAGCGGCUGGCUGUUCCAUUAAGAUACGAAGCACCGAGAUGAAAAAUCCACAACCGCUGCUUAUUAAGCCUGGCACCACGGAAUUCUUUCCCUUCUCGGCGGAAGGCUACGUGGAUGUGGAGCACGACAAGACCAUUGAGUUCCAUUGCACCAGCAGCCUAGACUCGCCGCUUUCGGGCAAAUCUGUGACUGCCAAGUGUGUGGGCGGUUCGACUUUCAAGGUUGGCGAUAAGGAGCACGACAUCUCGGCCAUCAAGUGCACAUCCUGGCCAGCCUUCGUGGGCAAGAAGUCCGGCUCCAGUUGCAACGGCGGCACCACCCUGAUUAAGGUGGGCUUCGAACUGAGCGGCUCUCGUUUUGCCACACAGUACGAGGUGUGCUUCAAUGAGGACGAGGAGGUCACUCGCUAUGUCCACCACACCCUGGACUCGGGCAGCAAUUACUAUGCUACUGGCGUGGAUCGCAUCAACUUUGCCCCCGGCGGCUACUUCGCCGGCAAAAACGUGGACAAGCUGUACACGCAGGCGGUGCAGAAGGAGACCAUUGACAAGGCCCUGGGCACGGAUUCGGCCAAGUACUUUGACUCGCCAAAGAACGUGUUCCUCGCACGCGGCCACAUGGGUGCCAAGGCCGACUUUGUCUAUCCGCCCGAGCAGCGCGCCACCUUCCUGUUCAUCAACGCCGCACCCCAAUGGCAAACCUUCAAUGCGGGCAACUGGGCUAGAGUCGAGGAUGGCGUUAGGGCGUGGGUUACGAAGAACAAGAAGCACGUGGACUGCUGGACUGGCGUUUGGGGCGUCACCACGUUGCCCAACAAGGAUGGCAAGCAGACCAGUCUCUAUUUGGCCUACGAUCACAAUGGCAACGGCUUGAUACCCGUGCCCAAGCUCUACUUCCGCGUGGUCAUCGAACCCACCUCCAAGAAGGGCAUUGUCUUUAUCGGCGUGAACAAUCCGCACUUGAGUCUCGAUGAGAUCAAGCGUGAUUAUAUUCUGUGCGAGGAUGUCAGCGACAAGAUCAACUACAUCAGCUGGAAGCGCACAGACCUUCUGGCGGGCUACUCAUACGCCUGCGAGGUGUCCGAGUUCCGCAAAAAGGUUACCCAUUUGCCCGCGUUCUCCGUGAGCGGUUUGUUGGUUUAACUGGCGCAGGAUUAGCUUAGAUUGAAUUAAAGAAUUUUUUUGCGAAUAA